CUGGAACCCAUUGCUAAGGAAGAUUUUUUCAACAUGCAAGUGUGUCAUUUCCUUUCUUCAUGGAUUAGAUGCUGAAAUACUAUGAGACAGAAAUUUUCAGCUUCCACUCUGAAGAGAGGGAACUGGACAAAUCAGUGCUGCCUUCCUCACAGCUAACGAAGCAUGGAACAUCAGAAUCUAUUUCAUGACCAACUGGAGGACACUGACAGCUGUUCAGAAUCUGUGAAAUUUGAUGCUCGCUCAAUGAGAGCUUUGCUCUCUCCCAAACUUAAAAAUGGCCCUACUCUUCAGGAGAAGCUGAAGUGCUUCAAAGCCGCACUAAUUACCCUCUAUCUCCUUGUGUUUGGGAUCCUCAUACCUAUCAUGGGAAUAAUGGCAGCUCAGUUCUUAAAGUGGGAUAUGAAGAAUUGCAUAGUUGAUUCAUCUCAAAGUAUGAUGAGAAAAGGAAAUGGCAGUGAAGAGGAAAUGAGAUUUCAAGAAGUUGUGACAGAACACAUGAAUAACAUGGAGGAGAAAAUCCAACGUAUUUUAGACACAGAAGCCAAUCUCAUAGAUCAAGAAUCCUUCCAAAAUUUUAGUGUGCAGAUUGUUCAAAGAUUCAGUGGCUUUCUCCUCAAGCUAAGUGCCUUGGUUUCCUCAGUUCAGGAACAUGGAAACACAAUAGAUGGACUCUCAAAGUCCUUAUUAAGUUUGAAUACCACCUUGCUUGAUAUGCAGCUCCACAUAGACUCAUUGAAUAGCAAACUCCAAGAAUCUACCUUGAAACAACAAGAGGAAAUCCGUAAGUUAGAAGAGCACGUAUACAAUGCAUCAGCAGAAAUUGAGUCUGUGAAAGAAGAACAAGUGCAUGUGGAACAGGAAAUUAAAAGAGAAGUGAAAGUACUGAACAACAUCACUAAUGACCUCAGACUGAAAGACUGGGAACAUUCGCAGACACUGAAAAAUAUCACUUUGAUUCAAGGUCCUCCAGGACCCCCAGGGGAAAAAGGAGACAGAGGACCCAUUGGACUAACUGGUCUACCAGGCAUUCCAGGUCGGAUAGGUCCUCCAGGUCAAAAAGGUGAUCGUGGAGCAACUGGCUUUCCUGGAAGUAAAGGAUUCCCAGGACAAGUAGGAAAGACAGGGAGGACAGGAAAUACUGGACCAAAAGGACAAAAGGGAGAAAAAGGAAGUGGAAGCCUGGGAGGUCAUCGUUACUACUGACUUCCAGACCCCUUUUCGGCUCCUCCAAAUGACCUUGGUUUGCAUAUCUGGCUUCUGCCUGGCUUUCUCUUCUCAUCCAUGGUACUGUUCCAGCCUCUGCUGCCAUGCUCAUAGCAUUGCCCUCUCCCUCACCAUCACCCCCAUUCUCUACCACUUCCAGCCUGAAUGCCCUCAUUUGAUGACAUGUGGGAUGCUCCAUUCCAUCUGUAGGUACCAGGGUAGAAGCCCUCUGCUGUCCAUUGGGUUCCAGGAGAAAUCUCAUGAGUUACUGGUUAUUUGUGAAAUUUCAAAGUAGAAAAUAUUGUUGUCAAGCAGAGGUAGGCUUAAGUCUAUGCAUUCAUUCAUUUAGCAUUCAUUCAUUCCUCUGUUUAGCAGGUGUACAAGCAUACCUCCUAGAGCUAAUGUUGACAGCUAAGCUAAUAAAAGAGAUUCUGUCUUUGAUUUAUAAGGACAGUUCUCCCUGAGAGAUACACACAAAUAAACAUAUCAGAAUUGUUCUAGGAGAAAUAAUAGAACUGUAUAGUUACAUAAUAGAGACAAGUAUUUUUCAUUCCUUAGAAUAUAAUAAAGUAGAUUUAUUUUUGAUUUGCUUAGUUUAUCUUCCUGGCUCCUUAUUCUCCAAACUAGUAGUAUAUUUUUUCUUCAAAACUUAAAGUGAAGUAAAAUGGAGCUUAGUUAUUCAACACAUUUGACCCAAAACUUGUUUCCUUAAUUACCUUUCCAUUUCAAACUGAAACAUGCUAUAAUCACAAAAAAUAAUGCUGACCACUUUUUCUUCCAAAAACUUCUUCCAUAUUUUAAAUUUAGGCUCUCAAGAAAAUAUGCUAGUAGAAAUGAAUAUUUUGUGUAGGUGAAGGAAGAGACGGAAAGUAAAUAAAUAUUUUUUUAAAAAGCAGGAAAAAUAAGAAAAGCCCAGGCAAAAAAGGAAUUGAGAAAAGGUGUGGGAUUCUGUGUUAUUUUUUUAGUGCCUCUGAGAAAAGUAAUAGGCCACAUUUUUACAACUUUCUUUCCUUCAAGUUUUCACACAUAGCCUCAAGGUUCUCACUAUUAAAAUAGUAGUAGAAUUCUAAGUCAUAUGCCUACAUGUAUCUCAACACUAUUUUUAUUCCCUGCCCUGUCAAAUGUUCAUACCAAUACCUACCUCACAGGGUUGUUGUGAGGAGCAAAUGAGAUAUUAUGUGUUUGAAAAUGUUCUGUAAAGUCAUAAAGUGCUUUGAAGUCAUAA